AACAUUAUUUUGUUUUUGUGAUCAGUUUUCAUCACCAAGGCUGAGAGCAAGCAGGGAUGUGCGGAGCAAACGUUGAUCUGCCAAAUAAAGGUGGUGGAAGUGUCAAUCAGCUUGGUGGGAUGUUUCUCAACGGCAGACCUCUGCCAGAAUCCAAGAGGAGGAAAAUGAUCGAACUGGCCUCGGAGGGAGUCCGUCCAAGCCAGAUCUCCAGGAUCCUCCGGGUGUCCAACGGGUGCGUCAGUAAGAUCCUGAGCCGCUACCGCCGCACUGGACUCCUGGAGCCCAAGACCAUUGGAGGGAGCCGACCUCGGCUUCUCACCCCCGGUGUAAUCUCCACAAUCAUCCAGUGCAAAAGGGAAAAUCCAACCAUUUUCGCUUGGGAAAUUCGAAAACGGCUUGCAGCAGCACGAAUAUGCAAGGCCUCCAAAGUUCCCAGCGUGUCGUCUAUCAAUCGGAUUUUAAGAAAGAUCCACUUGGACCAUGGGCCGAUGUGCAUGGAGAUCAAUGCGCACAUCAGGACUGAGCAAGAUUUGGAUUCUCUGAUUCAAGAAGAAGUGAAUAAAAGAAAGAUUUUUGAGACAGUGUGCAGUAAUGACCAGAAACCUAAAGGUGUCCAGCACCGAAACCGCACCACCUUCACCCCAGAGCAGAGCACAGCACUUGAGCAAGAAUUCUCUCAGAGCCAGUAUGCAGAUAUGUACACGAGGGAGAAGCUGUCAGCUGAGAUCAAACUUCCAGAGGACACCAUCAAGGUCUGGUUUUCAAAUAGACGGGCUAAAUGGAGGAGGGAAGCCAAACACAGGAGUAGCACACAGAACCUUCAAAAGCAAAGAGAUCUUGUUCCUGUGAAUCCACCAAUGCCGCACACCUUCACAUCUCAACAGGCAACAGGAGUGUCCAGAGUCCGCUGUGAAAACUCAGAUGCCUCCCCUACAUACAACACAGUUGCUAGGAAGUUGCAAAAUGGCUACUUCUUCCCUUCAGAAACAGGUAUGGGGAAUUCUGAACAUCUGGCAUCCAUCUCAGUCCCACCCUCAUUCCUCCAUCAGUCUAAUAACACGAUGGCGCAGACCAUGACAGACAGGACUCCACUGGAUCUCCACAGAGAUAGAUUCACAUUCCCACUGGUUCACCAUCACGCCGAUGCAAGGACAUCCCUCCCUUUGGCAACUGAGACAAUAAGAACAGACCGCCCUGUGACUCAGUGCUGGAACCAGCAGGAUAUUUCUUUUACUUGGAGCCAGUUUCCAACAGAUGAGAGGUUUCUGUUUGCACAGCAGCCCUGGGAUGUGAAUCGAUACCUGGACUAAAUGUGUGAUCACAGUCAUAACAUUUGUGUUUGAUGUGCAGGGUUGAAAAUGCAUGUAAUUCUCACUGCAUCAGUUUCUAGACUGGAGGGACACAUUCUAACCACCAGAGGGCGACAGAGAACUGGAGUUACAGUCUUGUCCUUUACCCUCACGCUGCAGAUUCACUCAUCACCUUUCCUUUCUUAUGCUUGAAUUGCCAUUAAAAAAGGAGAAACAUAGAAAGAUCUGAAAGUAUGUUUAUAAAUUCAAAGUCCUUGUCGUAAUUUUUUGAUUGGCUACAUCAUAAAAUCUUAUUGUAUUUUAAAUGAAUCCACUAAACUGACCUGUAAAGAAGAGAACAUGAAUGCAACUGUAUAACACAUAAAGUGCUGAA